AUGAAGGCUGACUUCAAAUCGACUUUUGGUACAGCAGAAUGUAUGGGCCAUUGGCGUAGAGAGACUGUAGUUGAGUUUGAUCCUGAUAUCACCAGUCCAAAAUCUAUUGAAGCCGGUUCUGUACCUGUUGACAUUAGUUCUGGACCAGUCGGCAUUCCUGAACCCAUUGACAGUAGUCCUGAACCUAUCGACAUUGGUUCUGGAACCAUUGAUAGUAGUUCUAAACCCAUCGACAAUGGUUCUGGACUAGCCAACAUUCCUGAACCCAUCUACAGUAGUCCUGAGCCCAUUGACAAUGGUUCUGGACUAGUCGACAUUCCUAAACCCAUCGACAGUAGUUCAAAACCAAUGUCAAUAGAUUCAGGACUAGCUGACAUUGGUCCUGAACCCAUCAACAUUGAUUCUGGACUAGUCAACAUUCCUGAACCCAUCGGCAGUAGUUCUGAACCCAUCGACAUUGGUCCUGAGGAAAGCCAUCCAAAGAAAGUUGGUCCUGGAUCCAUCAACAUUAGUUCCAAAUCUUUGAAAUCUUUUCCUGACUCUGUGGACAGUCCAAAGUUUGUUUCUUCUGAGGUGGUUGAACUGUAG